UAUAUCAAGCACCGAAAAACAAACAAAAAAAGGAGAAAAAUAUCAAUAGAAAAAUCUACUUCUAUUAGCCUUAUCCAAAUAAAUCUAAGAACACAACAACUAAAAGCACCAAACCUUGAAACUCAAAAAAAAAAAAAAAAAUGGUAUCAAUUUCUUCUUCUCCUUAUUGUUCAUCUACUUUGAUUUUAGAAUCAAUUGAUACAAACUUUAAUGGCCAAAAAUCAUCAUCCUCUUCGAAAAGAUACUGUUCAAUCAUAAGCUGCAAUAUUUCUUCAUCGAAAAACCAUGAAUAUAAGAUACCGAAAUUGGAGCCUUUUAGCAGAAGCAAGUUCGAUAGAGCUGUUAAAGACCCGCCUUUGAUUCAGAAAUCUGAGGAUCAACUUGCUGAUUAUUGCUCAGUGCUUGAAGGGGACGAUUCUUACAAUUGUUGGCAAGCGUAUUUCGAGCUCAAAGAUCUUGAAAAAGAAUACCCAAAAGAAGAGGUUGAAAGAUUGAUAAUAGAAGCAGGAGGAGUGAAAUCUCUGAUAGGUUGUCUUCAUGGAGUGUCAGCCAUUCACAAAGCAAAUAAAGAAGCCAUUAAUGGCAGAUCCAAGGAAGAAGAAACAAAGCAUAAAAAUGGCGUCCAAAGAAAAAACCCAAUACAUAUACCAGAUGGAUUGCCUAAAACAGCUGAGGAAUUAGAGGAAGAAGAGAAAGCAAGAAUGCCUGAUUCUCCCUUUACUAGAAUGCUCAGGCUUAGAGGCAAACAUCCUGCUUGGUAUUCCCCUGCACCAGAUCAUGAAACUGACUGAAUCUUUUUGCUCUUCUAAAAAUUGGGAUCAUCACUCAAGAGGGUAAUUUAUUAGUUGUGUAGUAGUUUUAGUUUCUGGAUCAAACUAUGUUAAGUUACUUUUGUAGAAAUUGCAGUUUGUUUUGAUGUAUAUAUAUAAAUAAAUAUCUUCAAGUGAA